UUCGCCACUCUUCAGGCGAUUCCUGUCGCAGUACUGAGCAACAAGCGGUAGCUAGAGAUCCAGUUAGGCAAAGCCAUCAGCAGAAGCAGCAUCCAGUGGCAGAUUUUUAUUUUUUGGGCGUACGGUGCUUUAGUGUUGUGUGCCAAAUUACCAUUCUUCAAAAGAUCCGGUUUUUUCAUAGUUGUUCUUCAAGACUCGGACUGUCUGACUUUAUAGCUGCAUUCUUCCAUGGACUUCGAUAGUGCCAGUGAUUGCAAAACGUGACUGAGUAUUAAAUUGUGACAAGAGUGCCCAGUGAAGUGCUAUCCAUGUUCGGAUACUCGUAAACGCCAAAAGGAGCUGCUGAGGUUGUACAAGAAGGAAUUUGAUUGAAUUUUCCUCUCAGUAGUGGCAUCCCCAUAGAAAACGGCAGCUGCGGCGUGUGUGGUUGUGUUCGUGCGUGUAUUUCCAGCAUUUCGCUUUGGUCGAAAGACCAGGGAUAACUUGUGGAUUGUGGCAGUGUUUGAAAAGAGUGAGCGAGUGGGAGUGAAGUGACAAUCCUACAAAGUUUCGUCCCUGACAACGUUUGGUGGUGGUGUUCUUGAAACUUAAAAUAGCAAAGAAGAAAAUCCCACGAGGAAAGUCUGUGCCAAUAAGUAAAGAGGAAUAUUGCAACUCGUUUCCCCCGUGCAGCAGGUGGUGUAGGAAGAAGCUUGCGCGAAGUGUUGGGAAGACAAACAAAAGUGAGAAAAGAGAAGCUUCUUCUUCUGGCAGCGGUGUGGAAUCCAAGAUAUUGAUGCACUUUCGAAAUUGCAAAGGAAAUCCCGGUUGGAAUUAGUUAAAUUUGAAGCAACAAGCGAGUCUAUCUAAAGUGCUACGGGAAAGGAGAAAUUGCAAGAUUUGCGUGUGUGUGGUUGUGUUUCGGUUUCAAGAAUAAUUGUGCAAAGUCAAGAAUAGAAACGAAAAUUCUCUGGAGAUAUCAGACACGGACGCUGAAUAGUUGAACACCACCCCAGCAUCUAACCGACGACGACGGCGACAACGACAGCUGAAAAAAUGGGAAACUUCAAAAUGCUUUUGCCGCCAAAACUGUUUCUGAGGAUUCUUAUGCUGCUCUUUUUGAUUGUUCAUGAUGCAAGUUCACAAUACACAGACGGAAACCGACGGCUGAAACCAUGCGAGCUGGAAUCGUUACUACGAGACCUCACCUACCCCGAAGAAGGCUACGAAAUGCAUGCGGCCGCGUUACGCAACCAACUACGCCACAUUCUCGAACGGGAACCCACCGACGGAGCCUAUCAAUCCUUGGACGAAUACGGAUCGUACGAAAACACCGGCCCCUACGAAGACAAACGUUCCUACCGUUCGCUGCUGCGGGACGGAGCGACAUUCGGUAAACGCAACCUUGGCUCGUUGGCACGUGCCGGAUUGCUGCGGACUCCUUCAACGGACUAUCUCAAGCGCAGCAUUGCCACCCUUGCCAAGAACGGCCAACUUCCGGCGUCCCGGGAGCCCGACUCGGAGGAAGCGGCCUCGGCUGGUGGAUGGAACGACGAGAAACGCAACCUCGCUUCGGCCCGAGCCUCCGGAUACAUGCUAAAUGGAAAGCGAAACAUUGCGUCGCUAGCGAGAAAGUAUGAACUCCCCGGCAAACGGAACAUCCAGUCGCUGCUGCGCACCGGAAUGCUACCGUCGAUUGCCCCGAAGCGUAACAUGCAAUCACUGGCACGCGAUAACUCACUGCCACACUUUGCGGGAGCCGCGGCACAGGAGAGCAAACGCAACAUCCAAACGUUGGUACGCGACUGGAAUCUGCCCAGGCAGCAGAGCAUGGCCGCCGACAAUGAAAAACGCAACAUCCAAUCCCUCAAGAAUGCCCAGGGUCAGGGAGGUGGAAGCUCAAGCGGUGGCCGCAAGAAACGUGAACUCUACUACGAUGACGAAACGCUCGACGACAGUGCGCCGGAAAUUCUCGAACCCGUGUACCAAUCCUCGCCGCUGGACUACGAGGAGCUGAUGGAGGCGAUGAACGAAGCUUACACUCCGUACUACAAUAGCCCCGCCGACAACCAUCUGGAGCAGAAGCGAUACUUGGGUUCACUAGCGCGUGCUGGCCAUUUGCAUCGCUAUCACCGAUUCUACAAACGUGCCCCCAUGGGAAGCUUCGAUGGCUUGUAUGGCAAUGAUGAUGAUGAUGACAAUGGCACUGGUUCUGAUAACUAUGAAGGUGAAGAUCGUCACAAGCGAAAGCACGCUUCUAAGGAUGUUUUAGAUGAUGAUAAUGACGAUGAUGAUGAUAAUGAUGAAGAUUACGAACCGAGAAGUUCCGUUGCCUUGCAUAUACCCCAGAAGCGACAUCUUGGCUCGAUAAUACGCUCCGGUUGGAUGCCGUCUUUCCGGCCAUCGAGAACUACUGGCCGCUUUAGUCGAUCCGGGAGGGCGAGGUCGAGUUUUACUCCCAACCCGAGCGACUACGACAACCUAUCGCCGGCGUUUGUAGACGAUGCGACGGCACUAGCGACGGCAGCGGAUUUCGAACAGCAUCAACAGCAGCAGCAGCAUCCUCUUCCUUCGGCAGCUGGGGAGCUCCCGGUCUACAGUCCACGUGGGGUUCUGCGCCACCCCGAGUUACCGCACUACACUGGCGCCGCUUUCGGGAACCGUCCGCGAAUGUACGCCGGAGGACUACCCGAGGAGUACUUGGACAGUUCCAGUGAAACGUCGGCCCGACCCUCGAACCCCUUCUACACGGAGGACGAGUUUCGCUGCGCUGCCAGACUACGUAAGUUGCUCUACUACCUUAAGAAACAGUACUACCUGGACAAUAAGUACAUACAGUCCGUAUACGGGCGCAACCCUGUAAGAUAUUAAAUGUCACACAUAUUUAGGCACGGGACUCGGACCGGUUUAUGGUUUACGCAUAUGUUAGGCAGGAAGAAACAAGCUGACACAGGACAAUAAUCUAUCGCUCGGUUUUUUGGCGACAAAAGACCGCAGCUGCUUGUAAUGUAGAAUCUUUUUAACUAUAGGAAUAUUCAAGGUGACGUUUCGGAUAUCAUCUUCAACAGUGAGAAAACUGAUCGUUAAACAAGUGGGUUUGAAUCUAAUUAUACAUAUUGGAUGGACUAUGUCGAGCGAGAAAUAAAUACAGAACCCCCUCUUAAGUGUUUGUAAGCAUUUAUACUGUAUUAAAGUGUAAAUUUAGGUAAUGAAAUACUGGAAUUUUAAGAUGUAUUUAUCAAACGCAAAUAUGAUGCCAAGUUCUAACAGCAAAUAGGGCCUAGUGCAAGCUGAACCUGGUUAUAUCAGGAACAUGAUAGGGCUCCCUCUUGAUCAGCUUCCUCUCAGCGACGCAACAAGAACGGUACAUAUGGAACAGAAAAAUAAGAAU